AUUCGCUGCAAGUUUUUGCUCGUGUAGAACUUCUGAAGAAACAUUCCACAGGUUGUAGAUUGAGGUUGACUGAUGUAUGAAGAUUUUGAUGAGUAAAAUUGGGCCCUCCAUGUUCUUGAGGAUAUCGAGGCAACAAGACCGAGGAACAUCAGAGCGAGCGAGCUUCACAUUCGAAACGAAGUCUGGGCGCCCUCCAGUCUAAAUCACGGGUCGGCGGAAGAAAAGCAACGAAAGCAGAUGAGACGAGAGAGAUGUCGGCUGCUCCUGUAGACUUUUGUCAACAGCAGGACCUCCUCCAUCUUGAAGCGGCACUGCGACGACCGGUCGAGGCGGGCGAUACCUCCGAGCAGUGGAGCGACGAUAACCGUCCCCGCAACGACAGGGCGGAAGGCUCUGGUGCGCUACCCACCGGCACCAUUUUUUCGCCGCGCAAGGCAAGCAGCCGCGGACGGGGCGCGUUAUAGAGUGCAGAACCCGCGUAGCUUGUUAUCAGAAUGCCGACGACAGCCCCGGUAGCUACCAACCUCAACGCCGGUGCACCUGCACCGGGGGUGAACCGGGUCGCGAAGACGAAAGGACAAUUGAAACGGGAAGAAAGGGUCAGCAUCUUCGGACUCGAUUGUGCAGAUUCCAUCCUGAUAUCCGGCUGGCAGAUAGGAAAAGAAGUGCAGAAGACCAUCACAAUCAAAAAUGUGUCCCUGGUAAGUGGUCGAUGUAGACGAACAAACUCAAACUACUUGUUACUUUUUUAAGGAGAGUUGCAAUUCUUCGCAGUCAGACAGUAACUCGCGCGCCAAAAGACGCGAGCAAGGGGUUGAUGUUGUCUUCGUGUAUUAGGAAUUAGGCUGCAAUACGUAUCCAGGCAUUGUUUUUCAAUCCAAUUUUAUCUCCCAUGUUGAUUCAGUUUAUCGAAUCACAACAACCACAGACGACACAAAAACUGAACUACGAACUUCCGAAGAACGAGGCGUUCCAGCUUGAUUAUCCGAAAGGAUGGGCGCUUGCACCCGGCACCAGCGUCACCAUCCGCCUCUUCUUUCGACCAAUCAUAUACGAGCCCCAUCUGGACUACGUCACCGUAAAAACUCCAACAGGUACACCUUUUUUAUUCAACGUACGGACUGCAAGUGCUUCCAUUUUUCACAUGCUGGUGGAUCGGAGGUAGUCAUGUUGCUAGUGCGUCGAGAGCAUGAUUAUAAGUACACAACAUGCCUCACUCUGAUCACUGACUAUCUACAGGAAAUAGAAAACGAAGACUGAUGCUGAUCGUUAAUAGCGUAGAAGCUGCAUUAAGGAGGACAAGGAAAAUAGUCAUAGUCACAUUCAUACGCAAUCGACAAGGACCACGAGAAGACAGAUGCGCCACACGUGCUCGCGUGGCUUGAAAUUCAAUGUUGGAAGUGGACGACUUCGACUCAGGCUCAGCUUGAUGUCGAUGAUCUACUUAGCUAGCAAUAAAGAAAGGAAGCGAGCGCAUGAGUCUUAUCAUCUUCAUCUUCAUGGUGCUAAAAUCUCGUCUAAGGUCAAUUUUCCAUCCUGCUGAAGGCAGUCGUUACGGAGCUCGCGUUGUCUAUUCCGCCAUUUGUCGACUUUGGUUAUGGGGCGGUGCAGGAAGUUGUAGUGAUUGCAUUGCCGAUGCACAACACGGGGUCGCUUCCGCUCUGCUACGAGUGGGGCUGCGGGGCGCCGUUUCUGAUGCCCCGGAACCUCAGCGGCACCAUACCAGUAAACGGUAUGAUGGAGGUGGAAAUCGAGUUUCACCCACCACAGGCCAAAACGUACGAGGGUAUCCUUCGCGUAAAAAUAUCCGCCGCCGUCGGAUCCAGUUCCACCGAGGGGGCUCCAGAGUUGGACAGCGCCCACAUGCCACCACACACUGACGAGGCAGUCGAAGACGUAAAGUUUUAUGAACUCCGGGUGAUCGGCGCUGGGAAGGUGCCGCACCUAGUAGCUGUCAUGCCAAACACCUCCGCGGAGCAGGCAGCCGGUAUCCGAAGAAUACCUCCACCCGCGGACAACACGACGACGCUCGUCGAUUUGCCGCCCGUGCUUCCGAGCCAGUCAACUCGAGUCGCGCUGCAGAUACAGAACGUUUCUCUCGUACGGGCCAACUACGUGCUACGGCCGGUGCAGGACGAAAUACCGCCCCUCCACCCUUGCGCGCUGCAGUAUUUUCCGGAAAGCGGCAGCAUCGAGCCCGGCGAGAAGGGAGAGGUGGAGUUCAAAUUUUCGUCCGCUGUCGUCGGGGAGGCCGUUGCGCGAGACUUCGAAAUCGUGUCCCCGGGCGGGGCGCCCUUACGAGUCUCCGUGACAGGAAGUUGUGUCAGCCCCACCGUCGACUUCUCCGCCAAGAGCUUGAACUUUGGUGAACUCGACUGCUCGCAGGAUCCCGCACGGGUGUAUGAGCGGGCAAUGCUGAAGCAGCAGGGAAAGGAUCCGGGUAAAGCUACAUAUUUAUCAAUUAUUAUAUAGUUUCAGGUUGAGAAGCAUGAUAACGAGCGAUUUUCUUUACUGCGAUACCCGAACCCGACGCAAAAAUUAUAUGUGUGUAGAUACCACAACAUGAAGUAGAAGUUGAAGUUGUGCCGGGAAACACAGGAUAGGACGCAGACUGCGCUGCCUACGGUUGUCGUGCACUUGACGUAGAUGUGAGUAAAAAAUAUAUUCAGGUGUGAAGAUUCUGAGGCUAGACAAUAGGUCCCCGCUGAAGGUCCACUACCACUUCGUGAACAGCUCCCAGCUAUACAACGUUUUCACAUUCGACAAGCCAUCCGGCACCUUGGCGCCGCACGGCUACGUCCUCAUUCACAUCUACUUCACACCCAUGGCCCCCAUCAACUACUACAAAAGGUAACAUAUGUAACUAAAAAAAGUUACAUUUUCCUUUACUUUUUUCUUAUAGACAACGCAAACGCGCGUCCAGGUGGGCGUGUGCAUGCUCUGCAUUUUGUCUUCUUGAAGAUGCGUUGUUGUCUUCAGGUUUCCAAUGUUGAGAAACAAGAAGCCGAUGAAAAUCUUCAGCACUUGUAUUUGAUGCAGCUUUCAGUUUAGUUCAGUAUCAGUUUGGUUUGGCGGAGCUUCCGCUUGCAGUGCGGCAACACAACCGAGAAGGUCUCCCCCUGCAUCACAGGUUCUACUGUGUCUUUAAGAACGGCCCUCUAGAAGCAGUACCCGUCGACCUGAUUGGGACCGGGUACACGGAUGCGCAGCGACCCGCUGUGCUACAGAUCGAUAAUGUCACGCAGUGGCAUCGCAUGCGGCUGCAGGGUUAUCCGGAGUACGACUCAAGACCAAACUCACCAACACGCUCAGACGACGCUUCCCCCGACGCGCCAUCACUUGCCGGAGGUGUGACGCCUUUCUCCAAAGGAACUCCCGGGAAGGAAGAGCACGAUGGUAUUUUUGCAGCUUAUGCUUUUUGUGUUCGCGGUAGGUAGUGUUACUCGACCACCUUCUUAGACAAAAAAGAAGCUCCUGCGGGGUCUAGUCUACCAUCGGCUGGGGCGGCUUCCGUGUAAAACACACCCGAGCCACUUCUUGCGUGGCUCAAUGACGCAAAGAACAUGUGAGUCAGCUAAAGUGUCGUCCCUUUCUUGAGGCCAGCCCAAAACGAAAACGCAGAGUCAAUGCCCCAGGUGUGGGACCGCAUUCGGGCCUUCAGUGCACAGGCCCAGAUGGAGGGGUCGGGAGGAUCGUAGCUUGGGGAAUAGUCUUUUUUCUUUCAAUUCCGAAGGUUCAAGUUUCCAUUUCAGUAUGUGAGUUUAGGCCGCGACUCCGAUUUUGAUUGCCAGCCACACUAUGCAGAAUGAUAUUUCACAUACACCUACUCCCCGCGGCGGGUCUGCGUAAUCAAAAACCGCGGCUAUUUUUGUAUUUCAAUGCCCGAGUCGGAGUCUUGUCUUGUCUGAUGUGGCUGUGGCUGUGCCAGACAAAAGCUUCGCACUGCCUUCACUAGUACCUACUGCAUAAUAUUGCUCACAGAUUAUCAUGUUGUAACUGCAAGAAGAGAGAGAUGACGAUGAAGAUGCCGCCAUCGUGAUUGAUAACCCUAUAGAAGAUAUGAGAAAAAAAAUAUGCCAACGCAGGUGAUCAUGGCAGUCCGGUGCGUUCGGUAUCCCCCAAGAAAACGUACCAUAACUUCCUAGAGCGAGUUUUUCCGGCGACGCUCAAACGCCCAGAGAUUUCGAACGUACAAAGCUUCCUAUCAAAGCGAAAGACGCGAAAAUUGCAGUCAGUUAUUUUACUUGGUGUCUCAUUGUCUUGGUGAAUGAUCUAGCGCCAUGUAGAUAUGGAUCUACAUUUUCGCGGUAGAUAAAAGGCCUGCAUGUGUAUAGACUGAGGUAAAAACUUUUUUAUGUGAUAAGCACUAGCCCUAGCACGCCUUGCGUUUGCUCUGGGAAGAAACCAAUGGCGCACAAGCGCAUCCGCAGCAAACCCGAGCAAAUGAUACACCAUGAUAAAUUAAUAGAUGACAACUGGCUUUCUGUUUCUACUUUCAUACUUUUUGGAGUGUGUCUACCCUCCGAAGGACGUUUGUCUCACCCCCGACGAGCUUGACUUCUUCGGUCAGCCCGGAGUCCGCACAGUAACCGUCACAAAUAACACGAGUCAGAAGGUACUAGCAUUUUCGAGAUUUUUGGCAUUGCAACUGUGUGGAUGUAGUAAAGGCGCGCUUCGAGAAGAUACUGGCGACGAGACUAAUCGAACUGCAGCAUUGCGAACUCGCAUGUCUAUGUACAGGUGCCGGGUAGUAGUUCUUUCUUUGUUGGCGCACUGUAGCGCGCGAAUUGAAUACUCAGUGCUUCAACUACAGCUUCGGUUCGUAAUCUAUUGAAAAUCGAAAUCAAAUCAAAGGUGAUCGCCGUAUGGAUGAUCGUGAAUGAGACGCGACAAGCCACAAGCGUGGCGAAGUUUGAGGAACUGGAUCUCGCCACCUUUUCCGUCUACCCAAACAGCGUCGAGAUACCAGCACGAGGAGAGAUGGAGUUUCAGGUGACCUACAGGCCCGGAAAGGAAAUGAACUUUGACGGCGAAGUGCUGGAGUGCUACGUGUACCCAAAGCGAAACCGAAGCUUUCAUCUCGUCAAUUUGAAAAGAUUCACGCCACCCACCUGCCUGAAUUUGUACUGUCAAGGCCACACAAUGGGCUACCAUCGUGAUGACUGCCAAGUAGAAGUCUCGGACUCCAACAACAUCGUGCGAAUGAAGCCCUGCGCGCUCAUGCAACGUACCAAUGAUCUGGCCUUGUGCAUACUUGGAUUCGAAGCUAUGUUGACGGCUCGAAGACUUUUGUUGCAGACAGUAUUUUUUUGUAAUUUUAUUGAGGAGGGCAGUGAUUAGUAAUGGAUCAUCUGCUCCACAACCACAUCAAGCACCUCAAGCUUCGCUACAUAGAAAUACAAAUAUCUUUUCAGGGAGCUACCAUGUCUUCUUGAUCAAGAACUGUGGGGACACGAAGAUGGUGUAUCGGAUCCUACCGGCGCUCGGAGAAAACCUCGGCGAGGAAACACCAUUCAGCUGCUACCCCAAACGAGGCUGCAUUUACCCCCACUCGUUUCACGCGAUCGUGGUGGAGUUUGCUCUAUGCAAGAAAAAACGUGUGUUAGUUGUACAAAACUGUUAUACAGGAGCAGCACAUCAUGUUGGGGUCCAGUGUCUCGGCGUGGAGGAACGCUGUGCGACAGUGAUUCGGAUUCCGGUGACCAGCAUGCAUAACGAUAGCUAGCAUAUCAUUGUGAUUCACGUGCUAGCUAUGAAUAACUAUGCAUGGUGUAUUCGCUUGCAUUGUUCUCACUGAAAAGUGCAUGCUUGUAGUUUUACAAAAAGCUUAGCCAAUGAAUCAUGUGACUAAAAAUAUGCUCAGGGUACGAGAACGACAACGAGAAGGGCAGUGAUCAUGAUGUCACUUUCCUGCGCUUCCGGCAAUAGCACCGCUUUUUUCUUGGAUAUUCCCCGACGAAAAUCCAAAAUGAGGCCGAGUUCAAAGCAAAAAUUCCAAUCGUUGUCAACUACGAGGCAUCAAAGUGAAAAGCGCCUUGCCCCUAAGCCUGGUGCGGCUGAUGUAAAUGCUUGCAUCGCAAGGCAUUUUUGCGAAACAUACAAAAACAUAAUUGCUGUCCUAGUUUGAAGAUGCCGUUAGAGUCUUGGCAUAGGCGAACCAUGCAGCCUCGACAUGACGAGAUGAGAGACGGCUUACAUUUUACCUUGUGACGCUUCUCAUUGAUAGUGCAUCACUGCUCUACAUGUACUAAACUAAGCACUUGCGAGCAUCAUGCUAUAUAUAAACAGCAGCAACGGGGCCUCCACGCUCGAAGAAGCAAGUAGCUGCAUGCGUUUCAACAUCCCUAUUGCGGAACAAGCAUAGAAAACGUUGCCCGCAGCUCCGUGGUGGUAGGGGCGCUAUUCCUUUUGAUACUAGGAAACCGAGUACCGUUACGUGCACGUGCAGGGGAGGUGUUGGCAAACGAAGCUGGAUGUGAAAAAUCUGCUUACCUUUCCGCUGACCUGCCAAGGCUUGAAAUCUACGCGAGCCCUUAUGGUAACAACAAGGGCAAAAAUGUCAUCCCUUUUAAUGUGCAAACGCAUGGAGGUUUUGCUGGUUGCAGCGCUUUAAUCUUGCCACGGAUCGCUUGAGUAAUUUGAUUCUAAUAUAUAUAGUAGGACGAUGAGAAAGAGAAUCUUGAAAAACAGAGCUGUUCUUGGUUUUUCCGGCGACGCCACCCCGCGGGGUGAGUGCGUGCCUACGGUUAAAAAAAAAAAACGCACUUAAAAAAGGUUCGAAACCGGACGGAGAUUCCCAUCAGCUAUGAUGUAAGGAUACCAGCACGAUUUCGCAGCGUGUUUCACGUUGAGGAGGCGGAAGGCCAACUCGGACCAGCUGAAAGCAGUCAGAUUGCCCUUAAGUUUACGCCAGAAGCCGCCGGGCAGAUAGCAACCGCGAUAAGCGUCUACGCCACUGAGAAGCGAUACGCCGACGACGACAAGUAUGGAAGUGUCAGGCGCAGGGGUAGGUCGCUCACUGGACGAAAUAUUUUGCGAUGCAUUCAAUGCGAGGCGUCAAAGAGUGACUGCAUUCUUGCAAGUGACAUCAUACAUUUGAUAUGGCAGCAUGCGAAUCGGAAUUUUAUUUCAGCUAUUUUUCACGGUCAAGAGUAAAAGUUGGGCUGAUGGCUAGCAUUAAAGCGUAAUUUUGCAUAGUGCUCUUUAUUUUUACAUUCUCCAAAUAGCCCGAGGCACUACAAAUGCGCGUCGAAUAGCUUUGAAGGUAUAUAUCUCGAGCCGACGCCGACCACUAAGCUAACAGCGGCUCCUAUUGCAGACGUUUUUUUGCAUGUUAGAUAAAUGUAUAAAGAUCGACUCCAUUCAGGUGACGAUGCCUCGGUACCUGACACAUCCAUAGAGAGAGGGUCUUUGCAAUACAGGACCGAAAUUUCUUUGGGCCGCGCGCAAUCGAGGAUGUUGCCGGGGAAGGAGAUUUCUGUGUCGAAGAACCUGCACCGCACCCGACGGCAAGAAAACCCUAUGCCAUUCAACUAGUAGGACACGGCCAACAACCGGUACAGACGCCUUUGUACUUGUAGUUUGUUCAGAAAAUAAUAACCAAAAAGGAAGAUAGUCAUAGUUCAGCGUCAAUUAACUACUUUUUUUCCCAUUGGCACAGCAAAGUUGGUGAAGUAGUGUCUGCUGACGUCAAAAAGGAAGAGGCACUGAAGUAGUGCAACAUUUGAUGAUGAAGUACGGAGAAGACUACAUGCAAGCUUUCGGCAUUAUAUCCAUUUUUUGCAUCUAUGACAGGCACUGUCUCUCGAAACUUCGUCAGUGGACCUAGGUGUGCUAACUGCCACGCAUCCAGACAAAACCAAGGCGGAGGUGCGGCUCUUCAACAACAGCAAUCAGGAAGUACGGUUCAAGCUCGAGGUUCAAUUUGAAUUUGAACGACUGGAACUUGAUAGGAGUCCGCUCAGAAAAAGCAUUGAACAAAUGCGUUCUCCGAAGGGAAGUCAUAGGGACGGCAAGAGGUAUUCGCGGCGCGUUGCGUUUCUUUUUUGCUUUUUUUUGUGUGUGCCUGCGCGCUCGUCGGGCGUCCACCCGUUGGUCUUCCUGUCCGUUCGAGAACAGAAAUUAUACGUAUGACCAACUAUAAUGUAAGUACAUAAUUAUAAAGAUAAACACAAUGACAAUUAGAAAUGAAUACCUUCCUUAUCCUUUGACUUUCGCCUGCAAGUAGCUGAAGGGCGCUCGAAGACACAAUGCAUGAGAACCGCUCUUCUCGGAAUGCGCAGGUCCAGGUUCACGUUCAGGCGACUAAUAAAGCACGAUGAAAAUGAAUAAAUCUAAAUGCGAUUGAUCUACUAGAGACGAGAGGACAAACUAAACACAGCACGCCUUUGAAUUCCCCGCGCAUCACGGACCGGUAUAGCUACCCUCCCAGCCCACAGCCCCCGAAGGACCCGCUGGAGCGCAACGAGGAUCGCGCGGCGCUGUUUCGCGACUCCCUGGUAUUUGAGAAAACCGAGGGUGCAGUGGGCCCUCGGGGUUUUGUGGACCUGAAGUUUGAGGUGAACCCGAAGCGGCGCGGCGUGCAUCAGUGGCACAUUCGCGUGGUUCCGGUCGCCUUUCACCAUCCACUACCAGACCAGAGCGAAGCGGAUCUCGAGGCGCACUUCAGCGUGCGCGCAGAUGCCCAGUCGCCGCUCGUGCAAAUAUCGGAUGUCCGGCAGGAGUCCGCGGUGUCCCAGCCAGUGUCGAUGCUCUGGACUUACUGCCAAGUUGAUGACUUCAAUCAGUUAUGGUAGAGAAAGUCAGGCUUACCACCUCCAUUCCAUGGUUCGCAAAGUGGGAAAUUUCUAUAAAUCGAAACUUCUGCUGGGUAUAGGACAAAAAAUUAAUACAACCUAUAUAUAAGGACGCGGAAAAGUAGAGCUGCAGCAGACUGCGGCUCGCGGUCGCCGUAAUCUUGCCCUUGUUGCAUUAUUUUCGAAAUUGCAUUAGUACGUGGCAUGUUUCUUUAUAGCCUUGCACCGUUAUACUUGUAGUUUUGACGGCACUUCUGACACUCAUUUAGAAUGUUGACACUGCGAGGUGCAAGCCCAGUAGCAGUUGUGCACUUUUUGAGAUGGCUACAGGUGGUAGAGGAUUUCCAUAUGAUUUGAGGGGCAACGGCUGCGACCCAGCGCGGUAGAUCGGAAGUUCCAGAGCGCGCUCGGAUUCGACGCGCGACGAAAACUCCUGCCGCAGUUGGGUAGCUACCAGCUGAACUUUGGAACCGCGCCGUACGGCAAUCAACCAACCGUCGUCUACUUGGUGCAGCCUCUAUAUCCAUUUGCAAUGCUGAAAGUGAAUACUGAUGUUGAUUCAUUUGAUGAAAUAGUGCAAAUAUUUUCUCGCCAGGAGUAGUUUUCUAUUGCGAACGACCGACAGGCGUGGGUCAACACGAUCAGUGCGUCAUAGCGACGUUUUGGACUUUUUGACCCUUCCUAUUUCGUAGAGCGCCCACGUCGGACACAGGCUGUAUGAUAUGUGUACGGCUUAUCAUGCAUGUAGAAGUUUAAGGGAACAACAAAUACGCUAAAACCGAGAUGAUGAAUAUCUUUAAGGUUCUAACGAACCCGACGGACGUGCCAGUAGAGUUCGAACUACAGACCCCAGGCGACCUGCAGUUGCAAGAUGUGCCUCUGUGGCACGACGAGAUUCCCCCAUGGCACCGGGGAACCAGUCAGGGGGGCGCCAGCACGGGGGACGAACCAACCGUGGAGGAGCAGAGGCUGAUGAUGGCGGAACACCACUACGAGUGGGUCGAGAACCACAAGGUCCUCGACGUGUACCCAAAGACCGCAACCAUCGCGCCGGGAGAGUUUCAGUUCGUGCGAUUCACGUACCAGCACUUCAGCUAUCAGAGGCUCUUCAGUUGGUUGGAAAUCGACAAAAUGGAAAAUAAGUAAAAUUUACAUAAUGGCAGAGAGAUGCCGCAGUCGAAUUCAGUGCACUCGAGGCAACUACGGGGGCUGAUUGUAAGCCUGACUACGAUCUUCUGGGGGUUGUCGAGAAGCAUGAAUGGGGUUGUCGAGAAGCAUGAUCUCGGAUUUGCUCUCAACGACACCAACAGGGACAAACUAACUCGGAGGAUCCGAAAAAUUUUCCAUGCUGCGCCACGUAAGUAGAAAAAUAUGCGGAUAUUUUUACAGGAGUGGGCAUCGAUUUUCAUGUUAUGUGUCGGCGAGCAAUCGCUGUUUGUAGUUGAUGGCUCUGCCCGACUCGGGUUUCGGUGAGAUGCUCCCACGUUGCGUGAACCCUGAUCAAUCCACCUGGACUGUAGUUGCAUGAAUAUUUAUAGUGUUUCCAUUUUGAUUUUUUCAAUUCUACCACUUGGCACGUCCAUAUCAGCGUCGGCACGCAUAUUCUCCCCUUCGUCCUCACCGUGUUGCGAGGCAAGUCCAUGGUGUUCUACUGUAAGGCAAACACGUUGCCACCAAAUAUCGGCAGGCUGAGCGUCCGCGCGAACGCGAUCACACUCCGGCCUGUCCCUAUCGGCUACGAGCGAGGCCCACUACAGGUAAUCGAAUUGAGCAACUGCGGGAGUGCCCCAGCAUACUGGAUGCUGAACCAGGCCAGCAUCAACGAUUUGCAAGCACAGAACUACGGGUUCCCGCUCCUGACCAUCCACCCCACUUCGGGCAACCUGGAUCCCAAGUCACGUCUUUUCCUGCACGCCUAUGCCCUGAAAAUUUACCAUCCCCAUGCAUCACCUAUCGUGGGGACGAAUAAAACUAGCAGAAGUUUGUUCAUCUCGUCCAAUGUAACUAUACGAGGUAGAGUUUGCCAUUGCCGCGCAAGUGGCUAUCAUGCGGUACUAUUCGUGCUCGCCCUCGCUCGUACUUCGCAAAAACAAUGACGAUUGUGGCUACCACUACCGUUUUAAGUUUUAUAAAGCAACAGGGACGCGGCCCAGGCAGGGACGUUGGCCGCGUCCCCUAGCAGCGGAAACUGUUUCAACGUCGUGCUUUGUGUAACAAAUUGGAUGGAGGUGGUAAGUUUUCUCGGAAUAGCGCCUACUUUACGCCCAUCGAAGCAAAGCCGAUACGGUGCCCGAUCAAAAUCGAUUUGACGUUGCGAGACGGAACUGUGGUGGAAACGUUGGACUUCGAACUGUGCGCAACGGGCUUCGACCCGAAGAAGGGAGAGGCGCCCCCGGAGUACCUUACUCCACCCUUUGGACCGACCCUUCCGCUACAGACGUACGCGCCUCUGCCUAAUUACGGUGCGGCUCUCUCGUACGGACGCGCAAGAUGGGAAACCGUCCGUAGAAAUGAAACUGGAUUCCAAUGUUGUUUUUUUGGCUCUGACAUUGCACACGAUCGGUGCGGAUUAGUUUGAGUCUUCAAAUACAAUCACCCACAUGAUAGUGACCCGAGGGAUUUGAGGAUGCCUGAAGAAAUUUGUGCAUUUGAAGAUGCAAGUUGAUUUGGAUUCUUCCUUUUCUUUGUAGGAAACGUUGCGAAGCCCUGCGAAUGUAAGAGAAACUGACAUCGAAGUUGGGACCCAGCCUGAAAAAGUAAAACUUGGUCUCCUUGGCUUGGAUGUGAUGGCGAUGGAGGAACUCUAUACGCUGCUGUCUGCCUGGGCCUGACCUACCAAUACGUUCUCGCUCCUUGGGAGACAUCCUUUUCCGGCCUCCCGCAGAUGAGAACCACGCAUUCAAUACACGAUGUAGCAAAAGAAAAGGCCGCGCCGCGCUUCGGUGUCGCCUGACAUUUUUUUUUGUAUAAAGUAUUUUCAUCUUUUUCAUUUCGAUGAUUGUUUCCCAUCGCUGGCGACUCCAUACACCGUGCGAGGCGGUCGACUUUGGCGUGGUACCAGUGGACUCCAUCAACACCAAGGUGGUAGCGCUUGUCAACUAUUCCAGGGAUAGCGUUCUCAGCUUCCAGUGGCACACACAGGGACUCUUCCGAAACAUGGAGGAGUUCUCCAUCACACCGGAGUCCGGGACGCUUUAUCCCGGGACGCACCAGAUGAUUCUUUUCCGGCUCCACUGUAUCGAAGGUAAGUCCGGUGGUCCUUCUUGGAAAAUGUACAUGUAGUGUUUAUUUUUGAGUAUUUUUAUAAUUAUAUGUAGGAGGUCCAGGAGGAGGCUCUUUUGCUUCAUGAUCAUUGUUCAGAAUGCGAAUGAAGAAAGAGGCGACGAAGCGAACAUUUUUUCAAAAUAUAAUGAGAUGAACUGCUGGAACUGGUACAGAAUUAAGCUAGUCAUCAAAAGCAUUUGCUUUUUAUGUAGUUAAUGAGUGAAUUAUUUAUAUUUUCAACAUCUACAACUCUGGUUUACUCCUAGGUCCACUGGAAUUGGUCGGGGAUUUAGAGUGUCAGAUAUCGUGGGAACUGCUGCACCCACCACCGCCACCGGGUCCAGAUCCGUGGGAGCGGCCGAUGAUAGAAGAGGAGGUUUUCGCGGCGCAUACCGACGCAGUACACGAGCCAACCUAUGAUCCUCACAACUUUGCAAAUCGACACGUCUCCGUUGUAAACCGCCUCACGGUCGCGCGUUUCCGCGCGCUCAUGAGCACAGCCGCGGGUCAGAAGUACCUAAAUCGCAGUCUGGAUCGAACGGCACUGCUCUCCUCCCACAUCUCGAAUCUCACGCCCCGCCGUGCCUACAAAAAGCUUGAGCAGAACUUCCUCAGGUCGCGCGAACAGGAAACGAAGACAGAUGACCUAGAUAAGGAAAACCUUGGCUUCAGCCAAGUGCUGUCGGAGUCUUUUCACAGUCAAGGUAAGUAGUGACUCGUACUGUAGUUCUAGCCUCUACUUUUCGUCAUCAUCAUGAUCAUCUGGGAGAGUUGAUAUCUGAUAUUGUUUAUUGUUUUUUGAUUUCACGUAGGCCUGUUUGUCGCUGCUGUUUUAGCAAUCCAACACCGUCAGUUUGUGUCUGUCAUCUUCAUUCAUUCACUCACUCAAAUAUGGAUCGGGCGGCAGCUCCUUAUGUAAGUAAUUGCAUGAGUAGGACGCUGCUUUCCACCGUUUCCCUCCCAGCAACUCAGGCUGCCGAAGACCUUUACUUAGUAGAGUUCUUCGGCAGCCUCUACUUAGUAGUAGGCGUAGCUUCAACUAUCUACAUCUUUAAUGACUUUAUCUCGAGCUGCAGCUGCAUGAAAAUGAAAAUGCUCUUUGGUCAUUCACUUUCUGCAACUGCUACUGCAAUGGGGAAGAGGAUUAAUAUGAUCAUCAGAUCAACAACACAGGCUGCAGAAUCAGGGGCAUGAAUGCGAGAGCUGCUAGUUAUCAAUUUGUACAACUAUUUUUAGUGACAUAAUAGGAAACACAACAUCACACCAGGUGGACACACUGCUUCGUUGCCACAGACUGGGGAGUCCCUCGCUAGUUUUCCGCUGUUUGUGCGAUUGUCCGUCGCAUGCCGAGCAGAGGAGAGCAGCGACCUUGCGGUAGCUCUUCCGAGGGAAAAGCACUUGGUGCAAGCAGGAGGGGCAGUGGAGGCAUCUUCCCCAUCCCAGCCGGCACGAAUAGGAUCCAUGGUGAUUCAAGGCGGAGAUGGAGAACCACAAGCCGCACUUGCGACGUCCUCAUCUUCGAGCAAGCCAAAGGAAGACUUCGCGACCGUGUGCGACAACAUCAUCGAGGGAAUGCGUGUGUUUUUGAACGGGGACUCCUUCAAGGAUUUCCUUGCGCAACAAGCGGCGCAACCUGCACCGUAUUUCUCGCAGCUCGAUCCCACCACCGGCGCCAGACCAUCGGUACUUGAGGGGCUACCGGAGCUGCGCGUCAAGCAGAGGACUGAUCCGCUUGUACUGCCUCCGCCCAUCGACGUUGUUGCUGGGGCGAGCGGGGGCUCUUCCUCCUCCUCGUCAUCGAGGCCUCAUGAAGAACGAGGAAAAGCUUACGAUAGCGGACAACUCGUGACACUCCUGCUCGUCCGUGUGCUUCUCAUACUCGUCCUUUGCGAUGCAUCAAAACGAGGAAAAGGCCAAGAAUAGAACUCCCAUGAAAAAAGAAUGUGUACAACUACAACGGCGCUUCUGGGGCUGUCGUGAUCGUCAACGUUGUCUGGUGACAACGACAAGUGCCCCAUGAACCCCACACAUUUAUAAUGAAAAAAGAAAAGCAAGUUAGUAAUUUAUUAGUACACCAAUUUCAAUUCCAUGGGCAUCGCGAAUUCGACGUCACCAAACUCUGUAUUUCCCGCCACAUUGUUCUAGUUCUUCUUAUUCCGAUGCGGUAGCGGUAUGCGGUAUAAAUAUGAGUGAGUAUCUGCUUUCUUGUUCCAGAACAGGGCGGGACGGAGAGUUAGAGUACCACCAGUUGUUCACUUUCAUAGGGAUCAUUCCGACGCCGAUACCGGAUCCAGAGUAUCCCUCCCACGGAGCGCCCUGCUGAUGGAUUUUCCGGACAAAGAUUUAUUCGCAGGCGUGUCGCGCGCCGAGGAGAUGAAGUUGCGGCCACCGUUACGCGGUUCUUCGUCGCCUUCGGCUGCGGGGACCAAAACCUCCUCAAGCUCUUUCGGGGGCACCGGUGCAAGCGAAGCAGCAGAAGUGGGGGGCGCAGCCGCAGCCAGUGCACUCUUGGGUGCAAGCAAUACCUCCGAUAGAAGCAAGGCGAACGCCAGCAGCAGCAGCAACACAAACACUCAACGUACCCGCGGUGGUGAUGUUGCUGUUCUUCAGGGCGGCGAGGAGGACCAGGAUCGUCAUGAAAUCGAAAAAGACCCGGUACUGCGUGCGGAACAGUAUUGGGCGGAUACGCUCGAGCAGUAUGGCGAUAUUCGGCUCGAAAAUUUCUUCACAAACUGCGCCUCACAUGUGCUCGAGCACACGGUCCUGAAGAUCACGGACGAAACCAUCAGCGGAAAAAGCAAUUGGGCGAAGCUUCAUAUCGAGAAAAAGUGAAGACCCAAAGAGUUGUACUGAAGCCCAUUAAAUAUAAAUGCAAAUACUAUACUUGAUAUAUAGUACUGAUGAGUAAUUUCUUGCCACCAGCAAGUCGUACUUGUACUAUCAUCUCCAUCCCUAGUAUACAGAAGUUUUCCUCCAUGAUCCCUUUUCUGCACGAGAUCAUAGCUUUGAUUCGAGAGUUACGAUUGAAAAGAUUGCAGCAGUAAGCCUGAAAAUAAGAUCACUUUGUACGUCCAGGAUCUAAGUAGUAGUUUCUUUGAGAGCCUCUCAAAGCAGGAUGAACAGAAGGAAGCAACAGACUGUACUUGCGUCAGAACAAAAAAGUACAAACAAGAUCCGCUACGUAGCGGAGGCCAGUAAUAUCAAUGUAGUUAGGUUUGACAACAGAAUUGGCUCGAUGGACAACGCCUUUGCUCGUCGAUCAACUCUGUAGCUGAGAGUAUGACCACGUCGCUCUGCCCACUCGGGCUGGAGCCGCGCUGCCAUCCUACUUUUGAGAGUGUUGCUAUUUUAUUCCCUUACGAUUACCAAGCUGAAAUAGUGAGUAUCAGAAAUGAGAUUGAGAACAAAAGUACCUUAAUUUACACAUAUGCUCCAGUGGUCCGCUGAGCAGGGUCAGCGAGGAGACCUUGCUGUGGUCAUCUCGGAUGCGAUCGCCCUUGAGCAGGUGCGUCGAAAUUAGGACUAUGGUUAUCUUUUACGUGUACGAACGAUAUUUAGCAAAACCGAAACCGACGCCGGCAAUAGGAGUUAGUAUUAUGUAGUGAGACAGGGGCGGAAGUGUGCGCGGAACCGGAACUAUGGCCGACAAACUGGCACUGGAAUCAAGGUUUAUGUAACUUUUGUAAAAGAUAAAGAAACUACAAACAAACUGAAGUUACUUACCACCAGUAUCCUUUUUCUGCCAGAGGACGCAGAGGAUUGGAAUGAUAUGAAAUGAUGGAGGAGAUGGCAGAGCGCGCUG